AUGCCCAAAUCUAAGCCGGCCCGCGGGGCCGGGGAUCGGGAAAAACAUGCGCCUCUGGCGGAGCAGAUCCUGACUGCGGACGCAGUGCGGCCAGGGGUCCGGGAAAAGCGUAGAGGCCACAGGACCCGAGAAGAAGAGGAAGAAUAUGUGGGCCCCCAACUUACCAGACGGAUUUUACAACAAGCCCGGCAGCAGCAGGAGGAGCUGGAGACAGAACAUGGGGCUGGAGAUAGGUCCGCGGCGCCGAGGGAACGCACCACGCGGCUGGGUCCAGGAGUGCCACAAGAUGGGUCAGAUGAUGAGGACGACGAGUGGCCCACCCUCGAGAAGGCUGCCACAAUGACGGGGGUGGGCCACCAUGCAGAGGUGGUCGUGGAUGCCGAGGAUGAGCGUGCUAUUGAGCUGUUCAUGAAUAAGAACCCCCCUGUCAGACGUACCCUGGCUGACAUCAUCAUGGAGAAGCUGACUGAGAAGCAGACAGAGGUUGAGACGGUCAUGUCCGAAGUGUCGGGCUUCCCCAUGCCCCAGCUGGACCCACGGGUCCUCGAGGUCUACACAGGAGUCCGAGAGGUGUUAUCAAAGUACCGAAGUGGGAAACUACCCAAAGCGUUUAAGAUCAUCCCUGCCCUCUCCGACUGGGAACAGAUCCUCUACAUCACCAAGCCUGAGUCCUGGACAGCAGCCGCCAUGUAUCAGGCCACGAGGAUCUUCACCUCUAACCUGAAGGAACGCAUGGCUCAGCGCUUCUUCAAUCUUGUCCUGCUCCCCCGAGUACGAGAUGACAUUGCCGAAUACAAACGACUAAACUUCCACCUCUACAUGGCACUCAAGAAGGCCCUGUUCAAGCCUGGAGCCUGGUUCAAAGGGAUUCUGAUCCCGCUGUGUGAAUCCGGUACCUGUACCCUCCGGGAAGCCAUCAUCGUGGGGAGCAUCAUCACCAAGUGCUCCAUCCCUGUGUUACACUCCAGUGCGGCCAUGCUGAAGAUUGCUGAAAUGGAGUACAGUGGUGCCAACAGCAUCUUCCUGCGACUUCUGCUGGACAAGAAGUACGCGCUGCCCUACCGGGUGCUGGACGCCCUGGUCUUCCACUUCUUGGGCUUCCGGACUGAGAAGCGUGAACUGCCUGUGCUCUGGCAUCAGUGCCUCCUGACCCUGGCCCAGCGCUACAAGGCGGACCUGGCCAUGGAUCAGAAGGAGGCCCUCCUGGAACUGCUCCGGCUACAGCCCCACCCACAGGUGUCCCCAGAGAUCCGGCGUGAGCUUCAGAGUGCAGUCCCCCGAGAUGUGGAAGAUGCCACUAUCGCCAUGGACUAA